AUGACCGAUGACAAUGAUUUGGUUACGGAGACUCAGUUUUUGGAAUUGGGCCUCGAAAAAGCAGGAUUCAGCAAGCCUGAUAGAUACAAACCACAUUGUGCUAUUGAAAGGUUUUCCAAAGUGUAUGGAGCAUUGCCAGUCGUUUGUCAGGAAAUGUGGAAAGAUCUUUGUAUGUCGAACCAAGUCAGUUUUCGCUACCGUCUUACGAAACAUGACAAGAAGCAACCUCGAAACCUCUUGAUUGGGCUUCGAUUCCUUUGGAAGGGUGAAGACUUUACGGAUUUGGGUCUAUUCUUUGGCCUAAAAAAAGCAAGCCACGUGAGCAAGAUUGCCAAGAGAUGGGCAGGAAAAAUUCAAAGUCUUCUGAUUUUGAAAACAGGAAGGCUCGAGGAUCAUGUCAACAGCCCUCUCAUGAUGCCAUUCUCUCUCGAUUGCACCAUGUGCCCCAUGACCGAACCUAGACCUUUUUCAACUAUUUGGUCAGCUUGGAAGUUUGGAGGCAAGCCCGGUCUCAAUUAUGAGAUUUUGCUUUGCAUUGACAAGCCAAAGCUUGCAUGGGUCUAUGGGCCUCUCCCGCCAGGAAGGUACAACGAUCUUUCUACGUUUCGCAAGAAGCUUAAGAAAAAGUUUCAUGAUUUGUUCCAGGCAAGAGAAUCAUUGCAGACAAGAGCUAUCUUGGCGAGGGAGAACUCAUCAGUAUGCGAAACCCUUUUGAUCCAGAGGAGAUCAAGGAGUGGAAAGAUAGAGUUUUAG